GUAGUAAAGGUUAAAAUUUUUUGCGGAGCUGCAUGUGUGUUCAUGACAUGUGUUAGACUAUAUAAAAGGAGUGGUCGAGGAAUUAAGGAAACAGUUAACAUUAAAACAUAGCCGCCCUUCCUUCUUCCUUUUAAUGAAACAGUGUUAGAGGUUUCCAAGAAGAAGACUAUAUCAAAACGUUGUACAUAUACAGUUACCCAUCCCAUGUUUAUGAACGCGAACAUCUGCUGAUCUUACACCAUGAUGAUUAACGCAGAUAACAAGGCGUCUUCAAAGUUUCUAUAUCUCUUCAACUUUCUUGUGAGUCUCGUGUCAGCUGGAGUCCUGUCAGAAAGAGAUUGUAAGGAAUACCCCAUAGGGGGCCCGCACCCGACCAAAAUUCCCGACAGCCGUUUUGCAGACGUUGGCGACACGGUGGAGUUCCAGUGUGAGGCGGACUUCGGCUGCGGGGAUUCCAGUACUCGCUAUGUUGGCUGGAUGGGAGAUGUGACGAUAGAGGGGUACGGCGUCCAACCUAUCGGAGACCUCACGGAGGACCCCCGCUACAAGAUAACGGAAUACUCUAGAAAUGGCCGUUCUGUCUUAGGCGCUACGCUUACCAUCAAAGAUUUGAAGCCAAGUGACUUCAACAAGAAUCUUCACUGCUUCAUGGCUUCAGCACAGAUUGAUUACCCGACCAAGCAAUACACAGUAAAGGUUCUUCGCAGGUGAAACGUUCACGAGCAAGGCCAGAGUGGUGCUGGUACACUCGUCCACGCAGACUACAGUCUACAGUAUCCAAGUGUUAAAAAUGACACUUGUUAAUACUGUAAAAUAUUAAAAUGUAAUCUAGCUUCAGAUAACGGUAAAAUCAAAGUGUGCCGCUGUGUGUGAGAGUUUGGUUACUGGUUACAAUGGGCAGCUUGUUUUAAUACAUCAACAAAUGGUCAGUUUGUUCGCAUGUUGCUGUAUAAUACAUAUGUAGUUUCAGUACUUUGAAAAAUUACAGCCAUAUGCCCGUGCGUUUGGAUACUUUCAUACAUUAUCUGUGUACCGGUACUUUGACAAAUGCUCAGCUUCUUUACUCAAAUGCUUGGACAAAAUUUCAGUUUGUUUAUAUUUAUGGUUCAUUUGUCUUCAUACUUCAACAAAAUAUGAGUGUGUUUUUGCGGCUCUAAAAUGAACGUUUUAAAGGUUUUACUUUC